AUGAACUGGAAAUCCAGACCAGACUGGGAUCCUGCCCUUGAGAUACAGCAAGUGGGUAUUGCCCACGAGGGAAAUUACACCUGUGAACUAGUAACAGUAGAUGGGAAUUUCCCCACAACCUACCUCCUGAGUGUGCUGG